AUGACGAAGAAGGAGAACUCCCCACGACUCUACGUGCGGGCUGUGGUGCUGGGCCACAAGAGAGGCAAGUCGAACGUGCACGAGCACACGUCGCUGCUGCAGAUCGAGAACGUGCAGAGCAAGGAGGACAGCCAGUGGUACCUGGGCAAGCGCAUCGUCUACAUCUACAAGGCCAAGACGCUCAAGAACGGCAGCCUCUACCGCUCCAUGUGGGGCCGCGUCACGCGCCCGCACGGCAACACCGGGGUCGUCCGCGCCAAGUUCAAGAAGAACCUGCCCUGCACCGCCACGGGCCGCAGGCUCGCUUUUGGAAGGAAUCUCAUGGCAUUCUCCGUAAUUUCCGCUCGCUCAUGCAAGCCGAUAGCGUUGAGUCAAUCGCUCUGUCGAGCCAUCGGCGCGGCUGGUGGUGCGAUCAGCACGCGCAGCGCUGACCACGGCGCGUUUCACGGCGCCGACCGCGGCGCAUCGCCCAGCAUAUCCGCGUCGAGAAUUCGCGAGUUUCACGGAGCGGCGCCGUCGGAGCAAGGAAGUUCCGCGGGGGGCGGCGGGGAAAGCAGCGCGCGCGCGGCACAUAUGGGCUGGUCAGAAGCGGAUAGAAUCUCCGAGAAGCAACGUUCUCGGAUCGUGGUGAUGGGUGGAAACGGCUUUGUGGGCAGCGCCAUCUGUCGCAACGCGAUUGGUCGGGGGAUAGAGGUGGCGAGUGUGAACCGAUCAGGUCAGCCCAAUCGCAGUGAAGCAUGGAUCAAGGAGGUUGAGUGGAUCAAAGGCGACGCCCUGAACCCCUCUUCUUGGAAGCAGCACUUGCAGGGGGCCACGGGGGUGGUGUCGUGUGUGGGUGCGUUUGGGUCAACCGAGUGGAUGAGGAGGAUCAAUGGAGAUGCCAACGUGGGUAUUGUGAAUGUGGCAAAAGAGGAAGGGGUGGCGAGGUUUGUCUUUAUCUCUGCUCAUGACGUGGGGCUGCCUCCUUCUGUUCUCAGAGGAUACUACGAGGGCAAGAAAGCGGCAGAGGCAGCUGUUCUGACGAAUUAUCCCAACACAGGUGUAGUGCUCCGACCAGCCAUGAUUCACGGCACGCGCAGUGUUGGCGCCUAUCAACUGCCUCUCAGUUUGAUUGGAGCUCCCUUGGAACUCGCCUUCAAGAACUUGCCCUUCCUCUCUCGCCUUCCUCUGAUCGGCCCAGCUCUAGUGCCCCCUGUUCCUGUCUCGGCCGUUGCCUCAGUUGCGAUCCGAGCAGCAACAGAGCACUCAUUCCCAGCGGGGAUUGUGGAUGUGUGGGGAAUCUUGAGAGAAGGACAUGUGUAG